AUGAUACAUUUAAAUCAAUCCGGUACAUUUAUUGAUGGAUACAUUAAAUGUCGUUGUAAAUCAGCAAUAAAACUUCCAUUUCAUUUAAAUACUAAAUCAUUUCAACUGUCACAUUAUUUUAAAUAUUUGAAGCAUAGUCUUUGUUCUAUGAUGAAAAAGAAAAGACAAGAAUUGAAGAAAAACAGUAAUUUAUCACACAAUAUUAAUCAAAAUAAUAUCCUACCUAGCCUUAACAAUGAAAUUAAUUUUAAUGAAGACAGCAUGAAUAAUUUAAAUGAAAAUUCACAAAUUACCACCAAUAAGCCAAUAUCAACUUAUUCUGAUUCUUCAAAGGAAAAAAGACCAACAUCAUCAUUAUUAGACAGUGCAAAAAGAAAAAAAUAUCUUAGUCUCUAA